CACGCACCGACGCCUCACCUCACCUCCGUCAACACGACACCCAACAUGGCGACGAUGACGGAGACACAGACCGACGUGCGGCACAAACGACUGCCAGCUGCGAUCAAAGCCAAACUGCCACCCGAGAACGAGCGAUACGUGCGAGCAUGCGCCGACAUUGCCAACUACUUGGUCGAAGACUGGAUCCGAUCACAAGAGCCCAAUGCAAAGAAGAAGGACCUCAACCUGAACACGCUGCGGGGGUCAUUCUCCAAAAAGCACUACCUGUCACGGCAGCCGCCUCUCACAGACAUCAUCGCCGCCGUGCCCGAGCAGUACAAAAAGUACAUCCUCCCCAAACUCAUAGCCAAGCCGAUCCGUAGUGCUUCAGGCAUCGCCGUGGUCGCCGUCAUGUGCAAGCCGCACCGAUGUCCUCAUAUCGCAUAUACCGGUAACAUCUGCGUGUAUUGCCCCGGUGGCCCAGACUCCGAUUUCGAGUACAGCACACAGUCAUACACCGGCUACGAGCCGACGAGCAUGCGCGCGAUAAGAGCACGAUACGAUCCCUUUGAACAGGCCAGAGGGCGGGUAGAUCAGAUAAGAAAUCUUGGACACAGCGUAGACAAGGUGGAGUACAUCAUCAUGGGUGGCACGUUCAUGUCGCUGUCGCCCAAGUACCGCGAGACCUUCAUCUCGCAGCUACACAAUGCUCUGUCUGGAUAUUCCACAUCGCAGGUCGACGAGGCGGUGCUGGCAGGAGAGCAGAGUACGACAAAAUGCGUAGGUAUCACCAUUGAGACCCGGCCAGAUUACUGUCUGCCACCACAUCUCUCCGACAUGCUUCGCUACGGCUGCACGAGACUGGAAGUCGGCGUGCAAAGCUUGUACGAGGACGUUGCAAGAGACACAAAUCGAGGGCACACUGUCAAAGCAGUCUGCGAGACAUUCUGCCAAUCUAAAGAUGCUGGCUUCAAAGUCGUCUCACACAUGAUGCCCGAUUUGCCCAACGUAGGUCUCGAACGCGAUCUCUUUCAAUUUCAAGAAUACUUUUCCAACCCAGCUUUUCGAACAGACGGGCUGAAGAUCUAUCCUACACUUGUCAUUCGCGGCACAGGUCUGUACGAGCUGUGGCGGACGGGUCGGUACAAGAACUAUACGCCGAAUGUGCUGAUCGAUAUCGUGGCACGAAUAUUGGCUCUCAUUCCACCAUGGACGAGAAUCUACCGCGUGCAACGAGACAUUCCCAUGCCACUUGUGACGUCGGGAGUGGAGAACGGCAACCUUCGCGAAUUGGCGUUGGCCCGAAUGAAGGACUUUGGGACCACAUGUCGGGAUGUGCGAACACGAGAGGUGGGAAUUAACGAGGUCAAGCACAAGAUUCGCCCAAAUCAGGUCGAGCUCGUGCGAAGAGACUAUGUUGCGAAUGGUGGGUGGGAAACGUUUCUGGCAUACGAAGACCCGAAGCAAGACAUCUUGAUCGCUCUGCUGCGGUUGCGAAAGUGCACAGAAAAGUACACCUUCCGAGAAGAGUUGACCGGGCAGCAGUCGAGUCUGGUUCGUGAAUUGCACGUCUACGGCUCUGCUGUGCCAAUCCACGAGAGAGUGAAGGGAAAGUCGCAGCAUCAAGGUUAUGGAACGCUCCUCAUGCAGGAGGCUGAGCGCAUUGCCAGGGAUGAACAUGGGAGCAAAAAGAUUGCCAUCAUCUCUGGUGUUGGUGUCAGAGGAUAUUACAGAAGGCUUGGUUACUGGUUGGAUGGCCCGUACAUGAGCAAGUGGUUGGAGGAGGACGACGGUAGUGAUGCAGAGUGA